CCGAGGAGCGCCCGGCAUGUCGCAAGGGCUCCCGGCGGCCGGCAGUGUCCUGCAGAGGAGCGUCGCGGCGCCCGGGAACCAACCGCAGCCGCAGAGUCCAGAAGAUGAUGACAGGAAGGUCCGAAGAAGAGAGAAAAACCGUGUUGCUGCUCAGAGAAGUAGGAAGAAGCAGACCCAGAAGGCUGACAAACUCCACGAGGAGUAUGAGUGCCUGGAGCAAGAGAACACGGUGCUGCGGAGGGAGAUCGGGAAGCUGACAGAGGAGCUGAAGCACCUGAGCGAGGUGCUGAAGGAGCACGAGAAGAUGUGCCCGCUGCUGCUCUGCCCCGUGAACUUCGUGUCCGUGCCUCGGCCGGACCCCGUAGCUGGCUGUCUGCCCCGGUGAAGCCGGAGGACAUCCUCCUCCCUGGAGCGAGGAGCCUGGCCUUCUUCACCCCAGGAAUGAGCAGUCUCCCUCAGCAUCUGUGCACAGGAGGACCUGUCACCCUGCCUCCUCCGAGAAGCUGAGGAGGCCUGUCCUCAGGAGACCGGGCUCAGCAGAGAGCCCCACAGGCGCCUGACGUCCAGAGCCCUUGAGCAGACGCAGGCAAGGAUGCCACCAUCACCUUCCGUCACUUCUCAUCCACUUUGGCAGCUAGUAGGUUCCGCUGUGUGCAGAAUCAUUUCCUCCAGAAUUUGGAUAAUAAAGAUGGUUAUUGUAGUCCUUCCUUUCUCCAGGUUCUUGGAA